AUGAACCGAUUCUCCAUCCUGUGCUUGGCGAGCGCCGUUCCUGCGCUAGCGGGUUUGGCGGCCCGCGACCCCAUCGCCACCAUCUGCACCAAGAACAACAUCAUCACCACCGAUGACUUCAUCCUCUACAACAACCUCUGGGGUGAGGACACUGCCACCUCCGGCUCCGAAUGUACCUACCUCGAUUAUGACAGUGGAAACUCCAUCUCCUGGCAGACCUCGUGGACCUGGGCCGGUGGCAGCGGUGAAGUCAAGAGUUAUCCCAAUGCCGUCCUGAACGUGGGUGCCAAGCAGCUCAGCACUAUCACUACUAUCCCGUCUACCUGGAAGUGGAGUUACACUGGGGAUGACCUUGUGGCGGAUGUCUCCUACGACGCCUUCUUUUCCUCCUCCGAUUCCACCACCGCCACUCACGACUACGAAGUCAUGAUCUGGCUGGCCGCCUACGGAGGUAUCCAGCCUAUCGGCUACUCGGAUGGUCCGAUUGCCAGCCCGACCAUUGGUGGAUACACCUGGGACCUCUACAAGGGACCCAACUCCUGGACGGUGUACAGUUUCGUGGCCCGCGAGACUGUUACUGAUUUCUCGGCCGAUAUCAUGGAGUUCUUCACCUAUCUGAUUGAUGAUGAAGGCGUGCCGUCCAGUUAUUAUCUGCAGACUCUGGGGGCCGGAACUGAGCCGAUGACGGGUUCGGAUGCGUGGUUCACGGUGGCGCCGUACACUAUUAGCAUUAACACCUAA